CGCUCGCCACCCCUGCAAGAAACCAAGCUAAUUGCUCAAAUCACUCAACAAGCUCCAACUGCAAUAGAUUCGAGUAUUCGACCCACUAACGCUCCGAGAGAAUACAACUCGAUUCGAUUCUCCGCUCACGUUUCUCGACUCUCUCACGUAUACGACGGGCAUCAACCGCCUCCAGUGCCGGCACCGACUCCGGCGAGGCCACCGCCUUAUCUUCGGACGAAUAAUUUGUGGAAGGAGAUUCAAGAAGAAAGGAAACUGCAGGUGAAGGAUGGAUGGAAUGCCCAAUAUAAAGAAAUGGAUAAUAAUCUAUCCUGUCUACAUAAACUCAAAAAAGACGAUUGCCCAGGGCCGCCGUAUCAGUGCUGAAAAAGCAUGUGAGAACCCCACCUGUAUUGAGAUUGGUGAUUGUUGCAGCUAUCUCAAGCUUCCCUUUGCCAUUGAGUUAGAUAAGGCAUACCCUCGAGACUUCAUGCAGAGAGGAAGGGUGAGGGUGCUGCUGAAAAGGGAGGAUGGGUCUCCAUAUAAUCCUGCUAUUGGUACCCGAAAGCAGCUGAUGCUCCAAAUCGCAGAGUUGGUUCCCAAACACCAUGGAAGAACCAAGAAACAGGAGGCUACAGCUACAUCAAAUGCAGGGCCUUCAAAAUCUGGAAAGGGUGGAAAGAAGAAAAAAUAAAAAUAUACUAGGGCGACAUGCAAAAAAUGCUUUUCCCAGAUUACUUUCUUCGAAAGUUUUACAAGCUAAUGGUGUACUCUUCUGGGAAAUGUCACAUACCCAUUGCAUUCAGUUAGUGCAGUACUGUUUUCAACUUACCAGUCUUCGAUUUUAUUGCUUUAUGUUUCCAAGACUCCCAAUUUUCUCGUUUCAAACUUAUAACCAUAUUUUGGUCUGGAUCUUGGUAUAUUCUGAUGGGACAUGAUUAGGUGGCAUUGAAUGGAGCAGAUGUUGUAGCUUUUAUCA